AUGGAGUCACAGAAUGUAACCAGUCCUGUGAAGGAAUUUGUCCUCGUGGGUUUCAACCAGAGUCCUAAGAUCCAGCAAUUCCUCUUCCUGGUCUUCUUAAUUUUCUACCUGAUGGCCUGCUUGGGAAACAUCACCAUCCUCACUACUGUUAUCACUGACUGCCACUUGCACACACCCAUGUACUUCUUCCUGGCCAACUUAGCAUUCACAGAUGUCACCUCAGCAUCAGUGAAUACUCCCAUCUUAUUGUCGGGUCUCCUUUCCCAAAAUACAACUGUUCCAUUCAAGGAGUGCAUCUUUCACAUAUUCUUCUUCCACUUUAUUGGUGGUGCUCAUAUCUUCAUUCUCACAGUGAUGGCAGCUGAUAGGUAUUUGGCUAUCCACAAGCCCUUGCAGUACCUGACCAUAAUGAACCGUGAGGUGUGUUUAGGUUUGGCGGCAGGGUCUUGGGCAGGUGGAUUCAUUCACUCUGCAGCACAGAUUUCUCUGCUUUUUCCUUUACCUUACUGUGGUCCUAACACCCUGGACAAUUUCCACUGUGAUGCCCCACAAGUCCUGGAAGUGGCCUGCACUGACACCUACCUGGCGGAGCUGCUGAUGGUCUCCAAUGGUGGGCUGCUCCUCAUAGUAAUUUUUGCCUUGCUGCUCAUUUCGUACGUUGUCAUUUUAGUCAAGAUCAGGAAGCAAGUCACUGAAGGAAAGCACAAAGCUUUGUUUACCUGCACAACUCAGAUAAUGGCAAUAAGGAUAACAUUUAUUCCAGGAAUAUUCAUCUAUGCUUGG